AACUCCCAUCGGUCUAACCCGCCUUCACUUUAUUUAUAUACCGGCCCAAUGUCUCUUCUGUCGGCGCAAGGCGAUGGAUAGCUCAUGAAAAUGUUACUCUUCGUGUAAGAGCCGAGGACCCUUUGGAGUUCCAUCAUGGCAGCAUGUCCUGAUGCAGAGGACCAUUGGAUCAAGAAGAAAAUAAAGCGCCUACACAUUCUGGAAUUCAUUAUAGUGCCCCAAUGGUGACCUUUCACCCUGUGUGUAGCUAAAUGGAGGAGCGGGACCGCAGUCGCUCACCAUCUCGCAGGACCAGCAGAGUAGAGCAGGUGGUGGGACGCUGGCUUCGCCGCUCCAGAGAGUCCAUCAGCCGAGAGCGUGUGCUAGAAGAUGGGCAAGUUGCCGAAAAUGGCUCCCAGGAGCAGAGGAGCUGUCCAAUUAGAGUCACUGUUAAGAUCCCACUUGACCCCACCCUUAACUCCCAUGGCUUUACUGUCUCAACACACACUCCGCCGCAGGUGCUGGACGUGACGGAAGGUGGCCCUGCUGAUGGAAAGCUUGUCCCUGGUGACCAGCUUUUCAAAAUUAACAAUGUUGCUGUUGAUGAUCUAUCUGCAGAGCAGGCUGCUGACAUAAUCAGAGAAUGUCAGAACACCAUAAUACUGACUGUCCUGAGAAAUACUGUGGGGCCAAAGUCGUCCUUCAUAACUCCGGAGAAGAGAGCCAAGCUGAAGUCAAACCCAAUUAAAGUGAGGUUUGCAGAGGAGGUGGUGGUCAAUGGUCACUCACAGGGAAACUCUCUACUGUUCCUGCCAAAUGUUCUGAAGGUCUAUCUGGAGAAUGGCCAAACGAAGGCUUUUAAAUUUGAAUCUAAAACCACUGUAAAGGACAUAGUGAUGACUCUGAAGGAGAAACUCUCAAUCAGCCGUAUUGAACACUUCUCUCUGGUGCUGGAACAACAAUACAGAAUCAGCAAACUAUAUCUAUUGCAUGAGGAAGAGAUUAUUCAAAAGGUGGUUGAAAAGAAGGAGACUCACGACUACAGGUGUCUGUUCCGUGUCUGCUUUCUACCUAGAGACUUCACCUGCAUGCUCAAAGAUGAUCCUGUGGCCUUUGAGUAUCUAUACCUACAGGUGUGUGCUUGUGUCUGUCUACAGGACAGGGAGUCAAUAGUGAGUUUGUUGGUGGGAGCUCAGUAUGGGGUGAGUCAGGUGAUCAACCACAAGCUGAGCAUCAUGACCACCCUAACUGAAUUCAGCUCUAUUACCAGAGUGGAAUUAUUACCUGAGUCUGACAGAGUUAGUCUGGUCAAGAUCUACCUGCAGGAUAUAAAGCCAAUAACCUUGCUGAUGGAGACAGUGGCAGCUAAAGAUUUAUUGUGUCUAGUUGCUGGAUACUGCAGACUUCUCGUGGACCCCCAGAUCUGUGUGUUCCCCUGGUCAGAUCAUUCAAAGAGCCACCGAAUAUCAGCAGAGGAAGGUUAUGUGUCACACUGUGGCAGUGACUCUGACGACUCAGACACAGACGUGGAUGCUCUCCUUGCUCAUGUUGCUAGCACUGCCAAAAGCAACAACACAGCAGAUAAACCCAGUGAUAAGCUACCAGAAGAAACUGAAAAAGCACAAAGAUACAUGGACAAAGAUGAAGAGGUGAAGAAGGAAGGGGGCAAAGAAGAGGAGGUGGUUGAGAAGAAGGAAAGGGAGGAGGACAAAGAAACCAUCCAUCAGUAUAUAAAUGGUAAUAAUGGAAAGACAGUAGAAAUAGACGAUGAGAGUGUAGGCACAGAAAAGGAAAACAAAGAGCAAGAGAAAAAGCCUGAACAACCUCAGUGUGUCAUCAUUGUCGAUGACCCAUCAUCUGAAGCAUCUGAUUCAUACCAAACUGAGUCACAUUUCAUGACCAGCAUGUCCAGUGACUCUAUAGAUGCCCUAGAGGAGGACGACCUCAUGACCUACUUUUCUACCAGACGCCCAUGCCAUUUACCAGUGAAAGAUUCUUACUGCUGUGAAGAUCGCUAUUCACCAUCAUUGUCUCCACGGCAACCGUACAGCAAAGAUUCUCACUCCCAAGGUGACCCGUGCUCUGCUGAUUCCCAUUGUGAACCUGAUAUUGACCAAUUCUUUUGCUUUCCUGCACUCUCAAAUAUUGCUGAAUGUCUACCUAGUCCCCCUGCAGCCAGUGAAGAGGAGGACUGUGAGGAGCUGGGAAUAGAGGAUGAAAAACAUGAAAAGGGGUCACCUGCAAAAUGUCCUGGAAGCACCCUAGCUCCUCCUGUGGACUAUGUGUUCACAUUUGUACAAGGAGACACUAGACACUAUUACAAUAUCUGCACCAAUGUUACCCCAGACAGUGCACGGAGCCUUCCACGACCUCUCUCUCCUUCCGGUUUUAUGGAAACACAACCAGAUCGGGAAAGAGGGGAAGCGAAUCAGAGAGAAACAGUGCCAAUUUUUCAACCCCCACCAGGGUUUGGAGACAGCAGUUCAGAUGACGAGUUCUUUGAUGCUCAGGAAAGAUUCACACCAGCUGAAGAAACCUCUUCAACAGCCAUGACAAGAGAAAAUUUUGAAGAGUCAAGCACCAUAUUACAGACACUAAGCCUGAGGGAGAUUGGCAUAUGUGCAAGUGAACAGGAGGCAGAAGAGAAGAAACAAAAGGAGGAAGAUAAAAUGGUUACACAAGUUGAAUUGUCAAAUUUCAAUAAAAGAUCCAAAAAGCGUCGCUCAUUCAUGGAAACAAAUUACACGUCCCUGGUAUCAUUCCCAGAACAGGAUAAUUUAGGUAACAGCUAUGUAAAUAACAUCCCAAUCUAUGGUCCUGUAUCAAUCAACCAAGGUGCUGGCCGAAUGGCGUGUUUUGAAGGUGGUUGCUCAGAUCAAGGUCCAUGUCCAACAGUCUCAUCCCUAACUGAUUCUGAAGGAGAACCAGCGCAACUUGAAUCCAAACCCAUCAACCCGUCCAAAGUCAAUGGAUCAGGACCACAUAUUCCCACUGAUACAGUGGGAUCACACUCAAACAAACCAUAUCAGCGGAAACAGCAACUUAUAGAGAUGGAACCAGAUUCCAUGGAGUUCAAAUCAGUCAAUGAACUAAUGCCUACUGCAUCGCCAGCUAUAGUAGCAGUACGCUCCCGUAUAGACCUACAGGAUAAAGGAAGCACCAGUAACCAUAGCAGAGAUGAUCAAGAGGAGAGUACAGUGGGAGGUCUAGUUGAGAGAAUGUUUGGAGACCACUUGUUCUUUGAUAUGUCUAAAGAACAGUGUGAUAGCAGUGUUUUAUUUGGUCAAAGAGAUCAGGUAACCAAACAGAUGGAAGAUUUUUUCCAAGGCAGUUCAGUGACUCAAAAGAGCAGCUCACUGCCAAGACUAGGCCAGAUAUCCCCAUCAAGUUUACCCUACUUCCAUGUCCCGAGCAUAUCAUACACCACAAGCCCUGAUGUAGACAGAGACAGCAGUUUUGUACAUCUACAAUUUGGGAUGGGAAAGCACUCAGUGGAGCCAACAGAGAGGACCAGGAGUCAGAGUAUGUCUGCAUCUUUUGGUAGUGGGCCAUCAAGGCACUUAUUUUCCCAGCGAGUCAGAGGACCAGAAUUUGAUGAAACUGACAAUAAUUGUGACCCUUCACUCCAAGAACUGUCUUCUGCUGUUCCGUCUUAUGAACCAGCCCAAAGGUUCCUUCUUACACCCUAUUCAUCCGGCAUCCUUGGGCGACUCUCUGCCUCAACAUUGCGGGGAAAGAUCCAGAACCUUCCCCUCUACUUAUCACGUUCCCAGGAAAUGCUAAAUGGCAGCUCUGAUGGCAAUGGCAAUGUUAAACCUGUGAGAAGACUUUCAGAAACACAACUACAAAAAAAUGAAGUUGAAGUAGCAAAAGAGGCAACUGAGGAUGUGACGUUGAAUGAAGGUUCUCCUAAAGUUACAGAGGUAAAAGUGGUUACCAUAGUAUCUGAAGAUGUCACUGAGGUCAUUGAGGAGGUAAGAGAGGUCAGCCACAUUGGCCUCAAAGCAUGUGGACAGCUGAAAACCAAAACUGAACCUAAAGAUUUUUCUGGAAUAGCCAUAGGGGAGUUUUCUGGAAUGUGCUCCAAGGCAGACAACUCACUCCAAGUCAGCCCCUCAUCCGUAGUGGUUACAACACAGAACUUAAACGGACCCUGGGGGGUGGUAACGUCUAGUGGGUUACAAGAAUGUAGCCACCCACCCUCAAGCACAACACCCCAUAACUUUACCUCUAGCUGUGGGGUUUUCGCAAACUGCCAGUCCAAACCUACCAUAGCCCAGCCAAAAUCCUUGCCCAGCCCAAAUCAACAUGAAAAACCAGACCUUAGCUGCAGCUCGGUACUGGCUAUGGGGUGUGACACUGUAAUGGAGGGUGCUCAGACACCUUUAGAGGUCUGCCAUACAGUAUACACCAACUGUUUCACUGGAGUUCUUGACAGCGCCAGCUUCGAUGAUGAACUCACUGUAUAUGAGUUUUCCCGCAGAACGAGCCAGGGUGAAACAGGGGAUGCUGUGCUGAAAUCUGUCCCUCCUUCCUCCCUCUCUGCAUCCCCUGCAUCUUUCUCUCCAUCUUCUCCAUUGCCCUCAUUCCCACAUCUAGUACUGCCUGCUUCUUCAUCUACAGAGCUCAGUCCCCUUCUGUCUCCAUUGGAUGCUCCUGACUGCUUCCUUUCGGACCCUCAUGAAGAUAUCAUCACUUCGCUGCUGACUCGUCGAUAUCCCCUACCACCAACAGGAUUCCUUUCUUUGCAAAGGGAUGUGGAUACCCUCUUAAAUGUCCUUGCUGGCGCUAUGAAAAACCAAGACGGGGUCCACAAGCACACCAGGGAUACCUGUGUAGCUCACUUUUCAGAGAACAAAAGGCGAUUACAUGCAGAGGCUCGGGGGCUUUUAGCUGGAUGCCAACGCGUGGUCCGAGUUGGGCAGACGCCAGAGGAAACACUUCAAUCAUUGUCUGAAAGCUUCCGCUCACUGGUACAGCUGACAAGUGUGUGUUUAUGUUUCUCUAACUGCCAGCGAUGCAGGGAGCGCCAUGCCCAAGCACUUACCGGACUAGCAAGUGUUGCAAAAACUUAUCAGGGCUUUGCUCGGGCAGCAGAGCUAGUAGGAAGUGCUACCGAAAGAAAGACUUGUCAUGAUCUCAGUAUUAAACUUCUGGCUCGCCAGUGCACUGCGCUAACGACCUCAGUCUUCUGCCUCACCCAGCUCUUUCGCACUCUCACUGCCCUUUAGUGUUGUCAAAAGUACCGAUGUCGGUACCAGUCGGUACUGAAAUUUAAAAAAUGUGACGAUACUAGCAUUUCCCGCUAGCAUUUUGAGAGCUGUUGUGUGGAUUUUCAAACACCUCUGAUCGGUCAUUGUGUUCACGCACUCCUGUGUGUAUCUGUGAAAGCGCUUAGUGAAGAGUGUAAAGCGAUGAUCAUUGUAGCCAAUCACAGAUGAGCACGAGAACACAAUGGCCAAUCAGAGGUGUUUGAGACUCCACACAACAGUGCUCAAAAUGCUAUCGGGAAAUGCUGGUAUCAUCACAUUUUUGAAAUUUCAGUUCCGACUUGUACCGACAUUGGUACUUUUGACAAAACUACUGCCCUUUGACUUUUCAACAGUUAAAUUGAGUAUUUUUCCCCCCCAAAACGGCAAGAAACCUGUCAGAAUAACUCAAAUGUGGUUCAAAAAUACUUGUUGUGGUAUAGAAUAUCAACAUUGAGGCAGUGUCCAAGCCAUACCAGUAAUAAGCGUGCACUAUACACUCACACA